AUGGUAGAACCAGAAUUCAAGCGAGUUGAACGUUUCAUUUGGGGACUGGCACCCCAAAUUAUGAGCAUGGUGACUACUUCGAAGCCUCCAACGAUCACUGAAGCCAUUGACUUGAGCGUGGCACCGACAAAGGAAGCAACUAGAUUGAACAAGUUUUCAAUCUUUGAGGGAAAGAAGAAUGAGACUCAUGUCGAGUCGUCAUGGGAAAACAAAAGGAAGUUCUCAAACUUCAAGAAGGGUACACGUGCGAGCAACAAUGCCAACAAGCGUAGAGACGCUAACCCACCAGUUGAGGCACAAGCUGGUGCUACCGGUGCUGAGAUCAGAGGAAAAGGGUAUAUGGGCACCCUGCCCAAAUGUGAUGUGUGUCAGUUUCAUCACACUGGGCGAUGCAGAUCUGGAAAGUGUGAAAUGUGCGGAAAAGUUGGCCAUGCCAAGGAGACAUGCUGGUAUGGAACCGGUCGUGGGAAUAAUGGUCAAAGAGGAAAUCGGAAUGGUAAUGGCAAUGGAAAUCGUGGUGGAAACAGUUAUGGGAACAGAAACCAAGGUGGAAACAAUAAUCAGGGAUGUAAUGGAAAUCGUGGUGGUUCUGGAAAUUAA